AAGAGAAGUGUCCUCGGGCAUUGCUUCCGCCUGUGUGUAGGAUCGCAGCAUCUGCAGCGUGUGAAGGGGAGAAAGACAGCACCAAGAAAAACGAGCAAUCAUGCCGAUGUUUGUGGUGAACACCAACGUUGCCAAAAGUGAUGUGCCAGCGGCCCUGCUGUCCGAGGCCACAGAGGAGCUGGCCAAAGCUAUGGGCAAACCUGCACAGUACAUAGCUGUGCACAUCAACCCUGACCAAAUGAUGAUGUUUGGAGGAAAGGGAGACCCCUGUGCACUCUGCUCCCUUCACAGCAUCGGCAAGAUCAGCGGUGCGCACAACAAACAAUACUCUAAACUCCUGUGUGGACUCCUCAACAAACACCUGGGCGUCUCUCCUGACAGGAUUUAUAUUAACUUUGUAGACAUGGAUGCAGCUAACGUGGCCUGGAACAACACUACCUUUGCCUGAGAUGGAGGUCGACACGCUGAAGUAGAAAAUCAUUCCAAUAUUUUGCUACAUGUGUGAGCACAUUUAACAACGACAGAAUGAAACAGAAUGAAAGAGCAGACAUCUGGUAAUCCACUGGCCAAUAUACUGUACAGCUGUCUUAAAAGCACUUAGCAAGACCCUUUAGCUUUGCACUGAUCCUUUCCCCUUUUAAAUGCAAUAAAAUGAUCCCUGUAGACCAUAAA